AUGACGACUCCUCAGUAUGACCUGUCAAACACGCUCCCUCCCCACACACUGACCCGGCUGGCACGGGAGUGGCUGGCAGAGGACACACCAAACUUUGACCCUGCAGGGCUGUGUGUGGGGUCACAUGAGGUCGAGGCCAGGUUGUUGUGUAAAACGCCGUGCAGCAUGCUGGCAGGCAGGCCUUUCUUCACUGCAGUCUUCACUGAGCUCAGCUGCACUGUGGAAUGGGCACACAAAGAGGGAGCACAGCUCGGUCCAAAUGCGGUGACCCAGACUGCUGUGGUCAGAGGCCCAGCAAGGUGUAUCCUCCUCGGGGAGAGACCGGCCCUCAACUGCCUGGCCCGGGCCUCGGGGAUAGCCACCCGCUGCUCCCAGCUACAGAGCAUCGCCAGGGAGGCAGGCUGGCAUGGCCAUGUGGCUGGCACGCGUAAAACCACCCCUGGGUUCCGGCUGGUGGAGAAGUAUGCCAUGCUGGUGGGCGGCGUGUCCAUACACAGACAGGACCUGAGUGGGAUGGUGAUGCUGAAAGACAAUCAUAUAUGGGCAUCAGGGAGUAUCACACAGGCGGUGAGGGACGCCCGCUCGGUGUGUGGCUUCAGCAGUAAGAUUGAGGUGGAGUGCGGCAGCCGGGAGGAGGGCAGUGAGGCGGCCACGGCAGGCGCCGACAUCGUCAUGCUGGACAACUUUAAGCCACAGGAACUCCAUGCGGCAGCCAAGCUUCUGAAGGAGGAGUUCCCUUCUGUGCUAAUCGAGGCCAGUGGAGGGGUGACCCCAGACUCCCUGCCCCAGUAUCUCUCCCCCCAUGUGGACAUCAUCUCUCUGGGCUGCAUCACCCAGGGCUGCCCAGUGGUAGACUUCUCCCUCAAGGUUCAAAAGCCUGUUCCCUUUCCAAUUAUUUUCCAAUCAAAGUAACUGUGGCAAUUCAGGAUUUUUGUUAAUAAAGUGAAAAUAAAAAGCAACGGUCAAUUUCCUCACUUUUCAUCCAGGAGAUGAUCAAGAGAAAAAAAAAUCCAUUAUGACAUUCAGAGGUGACUGUAUGUCUAUGCUGUGUACAACUCAUUUAGAAAUCCUUAUUAAAACUGUGAAGACA